AUGCUCGAGGGGUCAAAGGAUGAGGCCUUCAGAUGUGCCUCAGCGGGCGAUGACGGCCUGGUUUUGGUGUGGAAUGUUGAGACCGGAGAGAGACUCCAGGAGCUGAGGGGCCACUCCCAGCAGAUAACAGCCAUGACCACCUUCACCUGUGAUGAUGGACACACGACACACACCUCGCUCCUCACAGCGUCCUCUGACCGGAGUCUCAGCCUGUGGGACCCGGACACAGGCAACAGGGUUCAGACCAUUUCAGAUCUUCAGUCCUCUGUAAAGUGUCUGCUGGUGCUGGAGCGGCUGUGUGUGUUUGUCUCGGGCGGGGGGGAGCUGUGUGUGUGGAACAAAGACUUCCAGCUGCAGUGUCACCGACCCAACCACAGCGACACCGGAAUAACUGCUUUGAUAGAGCUGCCCAAGAACUGCAUAGCAGCUGCAAUGGAUAAAGAGAUAGUGAUCUACAGGCUGACAGUCUCUACAGAUUCUUCCAUAUCGGUGGCUGAGGUCCGCUGUCUGUCCGACCACCAGGACAGAAUUCGAGCUCUUAUUAACGUCAAUGACGGGCUCUUUGCGAGCGGCUCCCACGCGGGCGAGCUGAUAUUAUGGGAUGCGAUUGAAUGGAACAUCAUGGCCUAUGAGCACAUCCUGUGGGAGGAGUCACAAGCCUGCACUCAGGCCGAAAUACGAUUGGCUGCUCCCAAACCCAGUGAGAUGUCCAUACAGCAUCUGACCACCAAUGGAAGGCACAUCCUUGCAGCUGUAGGCAGCGGUCUGUAUGUGUUCAGCGUUCUGACCAAGACGGUGGUGGCCUACAGGAAGGCGGCCCACGACUCUAACGUCCUGCACACCAUGCUGCUGUCUGACAGCAAGCUGAUGUCCUGCUCUGAGGACGGCAGUGUGAGGAUGUGGGAGAUCCAGGACCUGCCUCUGUCUGCUGAACCCGCCUCUUCAGGCUUCUUUGGCAUGUGGACUUUCAGCCGGGCGAACAAACCGAGCGCUCCUCCGUUAAAGAAGGUGGUGGACGUCCCAAACAUCCGGAUGCUGGAGCUGACGGGGGAUCUCAUUGGACACUCGGGAGCUGUCCAGAUGUUCGUGAGCUUCAGGGAGAACGGUUUGGUCACCUGCUCCACGGACCACCUGCUGAUCCUGUGGAAGAACGGAGAGAGGCAGUCCCAGCUCCGCAGCCUGGCACUGUUCCAGAAGCUGGAGGAGAAUGAAGGACUCUGACCUUUGACCCUUGCACCGCUGCCUUGAAAUGUAAAGCUUUCCCGUGAUGGUCUGUUAUCUUUGUAAUGUACUGUUUGCUUUAAAUGAUCAUGUUUGUUGUUUGUACCUUAAAUUAAAGUAUUUAACUUAAAAA